UCAUGCUGGCUUCCUCUCCAGCAGUAUAUGGGAAGGCCUUUCAGCAGCCUGCAGAUAGUUGUGGGUUUCCUGCAGACUCUGCCCGGUUCCCUCCCACCAUAUUGCUGACAGUCAUCAUAUAAGUGAAAUAUUCUUGAAUAAGGCGUUCACUACUCGCUAGUAGUCAUAGUAUCCUUCUCUACCUAGAACUGCCUUACUAAUUUGUGUACCACCUAAUGGCAUGGAUGAUGUGAUCAGAGUGCUUUGCAUUUAAAAAGGUUGAGUUGGGGAGUUGGUAGAAAAUAAGGCUUAAAUAUGUUGUAGAUCAACCCAGAGAAGGUAACAACGGAGAGCAAUAAAGUAAAGCAUCCUCUUGUUGAAUUAAGACACAAUUAAGAGGUGACCUUCAUGUACCUUUUCACAUGAUUUACAUGGUUCACUGCCUUUGAUGAAAGGGAACCCAAGCAUGCCAGGGAUAACUUGUAUGUUUGAACGGUAUAGGAAAGAGAUCAGUUUACCAGCUCAGUUGGUAUGGUCUAUACCAGUGUCAGCACUCCCAGACAGUACCUUUUAUCAUCAACAUGGUGAAAGGCCAUGCAGGAAAGAAAUGUAAAGUCUGCUUGUCAGCAUUGCAUUAGGCUUUCGUCAUGCCACAUACAUGUAUUGGCAAACUUUCUUCCGCUUGAUGAUCACAGUGUAAGUCACCAUUUCUGUUUCAGAUGGCUUCUGUAGGAUGAAGUACAUGUAACCACGAGAGACUGCUGUGAUGAGCAUUCCCCCCAUUGUGACCCUCCUGGGGUCAGGGCUCCCUAAUAUCAACAUACUGGAGUCCAUCCUGGCUGAUGUUGAUGGUAGAUUGGCUGAUAAUGCUAACCAGCUGGAUAGCUGUCUGUCGGACAUUAUGAAGCAGUCAAACAGACUGAGCGGAGGGAAGUCAUUCUCCACGCCCAGGGAUGCUUUACAGUACUUGGCAGAUCACCAUACCUUGGAGAAGACAACCUGCUAUGACCCAGACUUGGAUGAUGUGAUGAAAUUUCUCAGCCAUGUUCUGCAUGCAAUGGAAGAGAGCCCUGGGUGUGAAGAAAUUGUGCUCCAAGAACUUCUCUCCUUCUCAGAGCACACAGGUGUAUCUCUGCCGUCACGCUCCUCAACCAGACAAAACAUUGAGGAUUCAAUGGUAUCCUUACACACUGUGACAGAUACAGGGGAGCUGGCAGUCUCACAACUCUGGGACAAAAUCACCCUCCGCCUCAGAAAGUACUUCCAAGACCGCUUGUCUAAGCUGUCAUACAACAAGGACUAUCCCGCAAUAGACAUCAGUGCGAAGAAACGGUUGGAGUAUGUUCAGGCUUUGUGUUCGCUUUUCCCUGCUGAGGACGUCUGGCAGAAAUACCGGUUGGUCCGUGCCCAGCAGCUUGGGGUGUGUUUUGCGACUCUGUUGAGCGAGGGAGGAGGCGAUGAUGUUGACAUCGUAGAGGCCGGUAAUAACUGUGAGGAACUGACAGACAUGAUCAUUACACUGAUGAACCAGGACUACACCCUGUUCAUCACGGGCGUGUUCCGCAGGGCAGUCACCACGCUCCAUGCCCUCCACGACAUAUACCUAGACAAAUUUGGCGAUGAAAUGUCCGCCUUGAUCGAUGAGAUCCAGGAUGAGAUGGCUUGUAGUGCCAAAAAGGGAAGUAAAUGGAUGCCGCAGUCGCAGAGUGAGCUGGGCCUGCAGGGAUCUCCGACCCACUUGGUAGUCCGGGGCAAGACAAAGAGCCUGGACAGCAUGUCCAUCCUCUCUGUGGAGCAGCUACCCCACCGGGGGACCCCGAAACCCACCCUGCCCCUUCACCUCCUGCGAGUCCUCAUCAAGGUUGUGGAGGCCUUUCUGCACAUUGAUCGUCACAUGGAGACGCUGCAUGGCACCAUGAGCUGGGAAGUGGGUGGGGUCAACAGCAAGAAAUCUAGGUCCAGAGGCAGCAUCAGGGGUGUGCUGAAGGCCAGUCCCAGCCCUGACAUGAUGAGGCGCCCCAUGUCAGCCAUGUCACACGAGUCUGCCUUCUCAGACACCUCCACACCCUCUGUUGACACUUCCUUCUCCAGUUCUAUCUCUGCCAGUUUCAAGACACCCAAAGUGGUGGAGAAAACUCAAGCAGAAGACCGUCCUCGCUGGGAUUGGACCCACAUGUUCAAGAAACUUUCGCCAGAGCUGUCCCAGUGUGUGGAUCACCUGAUUCAGCAAGCUCGUCAGACAAGUUUGGCAGGCCACCAGGGAGCGCUGACAGAAGGGGAAGAGCUUGAGACGGUCAAUGUGCCCCCGGAGCUAGUAGGAGGCCGGCUUGAUUACCCAAGGAUCAUCCUCAAGUCUUGCAGCAUUCUGACAGCUACAUUGGACUCACUGCUUCCUCUGGCUAUAGCUGGCUCUGACAGUGUCUUUCAUGCCACUAGAACAACCUUUGUUGACGCAGCCUCCCUGGUACUAAAAGAUUACCACAUGUUCCUAGUGAAGCUCAGUGCGGAUGUACCCAAGACAACACCUCCCAGAAUGCUGUAUGUAACGCUAUCCAGCGGAGUUUUCAUCAGGAACCAUAUUAUCUAUUAUGAGAAUAUGCUGAGUGGAGACACAUCUGUGAAGAAGUAUUUCCCGUCUCUGUCCAAGCAGUACGCAGAGUUUGUGGAGACAGUGACCAGCUCCAUGAGCCGAGUCCACAUUCAGCUUCUCAGUGACCACCUACUGUUUGAUGCGGAGAGCUACCACUGGGAUGACUCCAAAGAGUUCUAUGAGAAUGAACGUUGUGCUUUCCCUGUCCAGAUGUGGAACCUUCACCUGCAGGGCUUGAGAGCUGACCUAUGGUCAGUCUGUCCUCCUCGCCUUGGUCAGCAGGUGUUUACCUCUGUGUUACAAGAGUCUCUGGACAUACUGACCAGAAGCUAUGUACGGGUCCACCCCAGUUACAGAAGGACACCUCAGUACAGAGCGGACAUCAUUACGAUCCUGCUGUGUGUCAGUGAACUUCUCCCCUUCAGCUGUAAUGCUGUCUCUAAAUACCUCGAUGUCAACAAGUCUCAGACAACCCACUACCUCAUCCACAAUCAGUGCUGCCAUCUGUUGUCAGCCCUGGCAAUAGUUACCUCCCCAUUGGAAGUCCUGUACAAGAUUUUUAAGAAGGGUUUUACCGGGAAGAAAACCAGCUGGUGUGACAUGGACUCCCUAACAGACUCGGACACUAAGGGUUACCCCACACACUGGUUGUCAUGGAUACGCCCUCAUCUAGUGGGAUUGGGUCAAAGACAUUAUGAGGAUAUUCAGACAACAUGUGCAGUCCAUCUGCAGGUGAAACUGAUCACCUGUCAGCCCACUUAUCACUGGCCUAUGAUUGUACAGGCAAUGGUAAUGAAAGACUUCACUCUAUCUAUACUCAUACUGACCUCAGCUAUUGACAGCCUCCAAGCCAGGGGAGAUAACUUCACACCUGAGAUGCAGAAUAAGGGGAACAACUCUAAGGAUAACAGCAACUGUGAUAUCAAAGCUCUGUUUGAUAGCUUUUUUUAUGUAAUGCUUCACUGUACACAUUUUCCAGAUGGCAUUGGAAGGGUUGUGCUGCCUGUGAUCAACAGGUCAAAUGAAUGGGAGCAGCUGUCCACUACAACAUUUCCCAAAGGUACGAAGACACCUGUCUGGCUGGAGAGUGUUUAUGAUCUGAUGACACCAUUUAUAAACAGGGUGAUUAAGCCUGUGGUGGUGGAGGUGAUAGAGACACAGGAGUAUGUACCAGAUAUCCCACCAAUCAUGUCAGUCCUCCAGGAGCUGCCCUGUGGCUGCCCAUUACCCAAGCAGCCAGGUACAAGAAGUGCAGGCACAACAGGUGACAAAGAGCUGUUGGAGUGGGCGCUGCGUGAACUAGUGAGCCAGCUCUGUAGCUGUAUUGAGCUUCUGCCCUACCCUGUCUACGUUCUCUUCAGAAUGCUCCAGGAAUCGGCCAAUCACAAGAAGAUCAAACUGUCACAUGACAGCAUGGGGCUACAGGUGAUUGCCGGGUGUCUGCGUCACAGACUGAGUAACCCAGGGUAUGUGGAGUCUGUGACAGGGGUGUCACUCCGGCCCGCCACCCAGGACACUCUGAUAGCCGUGGCUGAUAGUGUGUACAACACUCUUACCUCAACCUCCACCAAGAGCUCCAUGGGCACCCCACGCCCUGCAGGGGCAUUCAAGAAACACAACAAGGAGUGGCUGAGCACCAGAAUAGAAACCAUGGUUAAUUUCUUACACAGCGAAAUGUUUGAGCCAUCAGAAGGCACAAUGCUGGAUGGCUCUGCUCAGGAGUUUGCUGACCAGGUGUUCCUGUCCUCAGCCACAGAUAUUCUCACCACGCCUCAUGGUCAGGAACACAUGGAAAAAAUCCACAGCCUGCUGGUUAACAAUCGUGAGUGGCUGGACAGACAACUGGACAUCCAGCCUCCCUUCCCUCAAGCAAACAGCAUCCCCACCCCUGCCUUCAGCCCCUGUACUGAGCCUAAAACCCAGGCCGGCUUCAACCCAAUACACAGCUUCAACAGGAUUGGUAAUUGGCAGAUCAACCAUUCGGCCAUCAUGGAUUUCCCAUUUGACUGGCACAAGCUCCUGCAAACUGAUCUUGGACUUAGUGAGGUAGGCUUCCACACUCUCCUCUUCAGUCGUCAUGAGAUGCAGGAGGGAGCAUACGUGGAGGGGAAUGAGCAGAAGGCUGUGAUGGCACUCAGGAGGAAGUUUGGCAAGGAUGACAUGGAGAUGAGAUAGAUGUGUUGUUAUGGGGAGGAGAAAGUUUUACAAGGAUGAAAUGAAGAUAUGAAGGAGAAAUAGAGGUCAAAGUUAAGAUUUUCUUCAGGAGGAAAAUGGUUGAUGUGGUACAGCAAGUUGAUAUAACACCCCAAUGUUCCUACCACAUUCCCACCACCUCCCUUUUCCAACCUUGUUUCCUCCUUGUUCCUGUUCCCCCUACCUGUGUGUUCCGCACCACGCUCCAUAUUCCCAUAAUCUCAUGGUUCUCACCUCCUUUGCUUCCUGUUCCACCGCCUUGUUCCCACCACCUCCCUGUUUCCACCAGGUUUCCUGUUCCCACCAUCCCUCUGUUGUCACCAUGUUCCAUGUUCUCACCCCCUUCCUGAUCCCAGCGUGUUCGCUAUCCCCACCAUGUUCCCUGUUCCCACCACCUCCCUGUUUCCACCAGGUUUCCUGUUCCCACCAUCCCUCUGUUGUCACCAUGUUCCAUGUUCUCACCCCCUUCCUGAUCCCAGCGUGUUCGCUAUCCCCACCAUGUUCCCUGUUCCCACCACCUCCCUGUUUCCACCAGGUUUCCUGUUCCCACCAUCCCUCUGUUGUCACCAUGUUCCCUGGCCCCACCAAGUUCCCUGUUCCCACCACUGUCCUGUCACAGAGACCCCAGGAUAUUCAUGACAGUGCAGUUGCAGAGCAUUUACUAACUGUAACUGAUGCAUACAUCAGCAUCAUUAAUAUGCGUUUUUAUUGUGAUUUUAUACUGUUUAUACGGAUAUUUAUUUUGUCACUCACACUUGAGGUAAAGAAAUGUAUGGUACUUAAUUUGGAACCCUGGAUCACAGCCAUCUGCUGUCAGAUGAGUGUAAGGAUUUAUAUGCUCACAUUUGUUGUGAAAGUUAAAUUAUUUGUGUCAUGAGAGUGACCUGUACAAGUGUUGGAUUUUUUUUUAUAUUUUCAAGGUAUUUAGCCUUGGCAUAUAGAUCUUGUGAGAUGCAAGCUUUUUAGUUAUUAGACUUUGUUGUGGGAGCUUUGCCAGUGUGAACAUUUGCUUAAUGUCUCUGCAAGAUAAUGACAUGAAGGCAUAGGAAUAAGAUCUCAACAGAUCAGAAGGCCUGGUCACAUUGAAUAGGACUGUAUGGAACAGAUCUGAAGGUCUUGUUACAUUGAAUAGGACUGUGUGGCACAGGUCUGAAGGCCUUACCACGUUGGCAUGAUUAAAUAGGACAGUGUGGCACAGGUCUGAAGACCUUGUUACAUUGACAUUAUGGCAUGAUUAAAUAGGACUGUAUGGCACAGGUCUGAAGGUCUUAUCACAUUGACAUGAUUAAAUAGGACAGUGUGGCACAGGUCUGAAGACCUUGUUACAUUGACAUUAUUAAAUAGGACUGUGGCACAGGUCUGAAGGCCUUGUUACAUUGGCAUGAUGAAAUAGCCCUGUAUGGCACAGGUCUGAAGGCCUUACCACAUUGACAUGAUUAAAUAGGACUGUAUGGCACAGGUCUGAAGGCCUUGUUACAUUGACAUGAUUAAAUAGGACUGUAUGGCACAGGUCUGAAGGUCUUAUCACAUUUACAUGAUUAAAUAGGACAGUGUGGCACAGGUCUGAAGGCCUUGUUACAUUGGCAUGAUUAAAUAGGACUGCAUGGCACAGGUGUGAAGGCCUUGUUACAUUGGCAUGAUUAAAUAGGACUGCAUGGCACAGGUCUGAAGGCCUUGUUACAUUGGCAUGAUUAAAUAGGACUGCAUGGCACAGGUGUGAAAGCCUUGUUACAUUGGCAUGAUUAAAUAGGACUGCAUGGCACAGGUCUGAAGGCCUUGUUACAUUGACAUUAUUAAAUAGGACUGUGUGGCACAGGUCCGAAGGCCUUGUCUCAUGACAUGAUCAAAAAGGACUGUGUGGCACAGGCCUGAAGUCUUUGUUACCUUGACAUGAUCAAAAAGGACAGUAUGACACAGGUCUGAAGGGCUUAUCACAUUGACAAGAUUAAAUAGGACUAUCAUUUUGAAGCCUUUAUGUUCUUUUGUAAUUUUUACAUACCAAACCUUAGGCAAAAUACUGUACUCAAAAUACUGUAUACUGCACUGUUUCCUUAUAUGAGGUAUUUACACGUGGUAACUUAUUUAUGUGCAGUACAUUUGACUGAAUGGCUGAAUGGUGUGUACCAGAGGAUUUACACGUCAUUAAUAGUGCUGGUUUCUGUAUGCUCCUACCAAAGUUAUUUGUCUCCAGCUGUGAUACUUAAUGUUUAUAUUUGUAUUCAAUUGAUUAAUUUCUGUCAUCUUUUUUUGUUGUUGGACUUUUGUCCCAUUUUUUUACACUGUUAUUGCCACUAUUAUAACAUAUUUUGGCAUCUUCUUAAUACUGCAUAUCUACUGCAUGUUUUGUUUUUAGAAUUUUUUUUAACUCCAGCUCAAAAUUAAUUUCAGAGGAAAUUAUGUUGGCAUGUCUGACCACCUCAUUGUAUUAUGGAUUUUUGUUGUAGGUAUGUUCUUGCAAGCAUUGUGUCCAAAACGAGAUGAAUUUGUUAUACAAAAAUAUCCCCAUUUACACGGUAUUGUCUGCAGAUGUUGAUGAUAUACCUAUGGUCAACCGAGCACAACUUAGUUUUAGUUGGAUAUAACCAUUGAUGGCCAGGUAGAGACGGUUUUGUGUGCACAUCAUGUCACUCAACCUGCCAGGUGUAGAAACCUUGUUCAUGGUAUGGUCAUUAGAGCAUUGCUUUACAGGUACCAUGCUACGACUUAAUCUUCUGAUUCCAAAAUAAAAGUUUUGAUCAAA